GUUUUGGUCAGCACAACGCUCUCUCUAUCUCUCUAUCUCUCUCUGUUAUUCUGCGUCUCUCUCUUUUCUUUCCACAGCUUGAAAUGAUGGCGGGAAUCCUCCAAACCCCAAUCCUCAGACCUUCGUCGCUCGGAAAUGGAGUUUUCCGGCGACCGGAUCUCUAUUUUCCGGCAAGCCCCAUCCGUUUCUCCGGCCAUUCGCUCCUGAAAACAUCUAUAUCGAUUUCACCAAUUCCAAGAGCCAGCGGAAGCAGAUCCGAUCAGGUGGAUGGUUAUGGGAAUCAAGACUCUAGGGAUUGGAAUCGGGCAAAAGUGGUAAAUUGGACACAACCAUUGUUGGAUUUCACCAUAACUAACUUCCUUCCAUUAGCUCUUGUCACAGCAAUUAUUUUAGGACUUGCAAAUCCAAGUCUUGGUUGUCUUGCCCACAGCUAUGGAUUGUCAAAGUUCAGCACAUUCGGCAUUUUUCUCAUCUCAGGGCUCACAUUGCGGGGUGGGGAAAUUGGUGCAGCUGUAGAAGCAUGGCCUGCUGGAAUGUUUGGGCUAGGCUCAAUUUUGUUCUUUAGUCCCUUCCUUUCGACGCUGAUUUUGAAACUUCAGUUGGUGCCUCAAGAAUUUGUCACGGGACUAGCAGUUUUUUGCUGCAUGCCAACAACCUUAUCAAGUGGAGUGGCAUUGACACAGCUUGUUGGGGGGAACUCUGCCCUGGCUCUUGCAAUGACUGUGGUAUCUAAUCUGUUGGGUAUUUUGAUUGUGCCUUUCUCUCUCUCAAAGUUUAUAGCUGGAGGAGUUGGGGUGUCCAUUCCGACAAAGCAAUUGUUUGGAAGCCUCGUCACAACACUUUUGGUUCCUUUAAUUGUGGGCAAGGUUUUCCGAAACUCUGUCCGUAGUGUGGCAAAGUAUCUUGAUCAGAAUCGUCAACUUUUCUCAAUGAUUAGUGCCAUCUUCCUUAGUCUGGUUCCGUGGAUACAAGUGAGCAGGUCGAGGCCCCUGCUUUUAAUGGUUAAGCCAGCAGUAUUUCUUGUAGCUAUUGCGAUGGGAACGCUCCUGCAUCUCAUUUUAUUAGCAUUGAACACCAUUGCAGUAUGGAGCUUGUCAGCUGUUUCUGGCAGUCCGAAAGCAGUUUUUGCCAAGAAGGAAAAUGCACGUGCCCUCAUAAUCGUUGCUAGCCAGAAAACUCUGCCUGUAAUGGUAGCUGUUGUGGAGCAGCUAGGUGGAGCACUCGGCGAAUCUGGGCUGUUGGUUCUUCCAUGUGUAGCUGCACACAUUAACCAGAUAAUCAUCGAUUCUUUCUUGGUUAACUUUUGGUCUCGGAAGGAUCAAUUAUCCAACCCUGCUAAGGUUGCGUGAAAGCUCAUGGCAGGAUUUCUGGGACUAAAAACCUAAUAUCUAUGACCAUCAUCCUACCAAAAUCCUGAGCUGACUUGUAUGGUAUUUAUAUUUGGAAGGCCGCUCUCUCUGAAAGAGAUUAUCAGAUUAGUAGUUUUCAUGUUCACUUUUGGCUUGUAUUAUAGAUGCAUGCCCAUUGCUUGAUAAGAUGCUGCUGUAAAAUGCAAGGUUAUUUAUAAUGAGGAAUUACAGAUGCUAAUGGGCUAAGCUGGCUGAUCA